GCCAUGGCUCUGAAGGCCAGUGGUCCAUCCGCGGUCUAUGCAAACUAAAAAUGGGAGGGUAUGGUGGGUUUCUUUCGCCAUAAAAAACGCAUUAUAGUGAGAAAAUCCAGAACACAUCGCAGUGUUUUUCAGUUGAAAUCGUCAACCCACUCCAGGUCUCCUAAGAUUUUCAGUUUGAGCAAUGGGAAACAACAGCACAGCAUCGUCUCCCUCAACCAACAGCAAUGGAUCCCUGGUUGCCACUAACGAUGGCGCAGCAGCGUCUUUUUGGGUGCACAUUUUUGCAAUGGGUAGCCUUGAUGUGAUAAUUACCCAGUGUCACGCAGAGAACGAAACGGUGUGGGUAGGACUCAAGUCAUUUUUUCUUGUGACAGGCCUUCUUGCUAAUGCAGGUUUGAUGUGGAUUCUGCUGAGUCCCAAGAAGCCACUGUCCCACUCUGAAGUGCUCGCCCUGAACCUCUCCGUCCUGGACAUGCUGGCCUGCUUCUGUUUACCGCUAGAAAUCUACGAACACCUCUAUAUAGGCCUACUCUCCGAGCAGCUCAACUCAGUGAUUGACGCGCUGAGAAUGCUCAAAACGGUGGGCUGCCCGCUGCUGUUGACGUUCAUGUGUGUGGAGCGUUACCUGGCCGUGGCGCGCCCCGUGGCCUACAUGCAGCUAGGGAAAUGGGAGUACCGCGCCGCCAUGUGCGCCUGUGCCUGGGUCGUCACCCUGGCCGCAGCGCUGCUAGCCUAUUUCCACGGGGUGUACUCCAUGAUCAUGUACUUGGCCCUCAGCAUAUCUCUGCUGUUCUUGCUCAUGCUGCUCUGUCUGGUGGGCAUCGUGCGUGUGCUUCGUCAGAGCGGACCAGGAGGGGGUUCCGCAAACAACGGAGCACUAAAGAGGAGGGCUAUGAAAAAUGUUCUGGCCGUGAUGGUGCCAGCGCUACUGGCGUAUGCUCCUCUGGUGCUGAUGGUCCCCCUCCUGGCUAUCAUUCAAUUUCACCUCAAAGGGGAUUUGAAUCCUGAGCUAUGUCAACUCCUGUGUGUUUUCCUGUUAUGCCCCAUCUUCGGCAUUUACAUCGGACCAACUUUCUACCUGUCCCGUGUCAGACUAUUACUUUGCUCGAAGAGGAAUGACAAAGGACGUGAGCAAAUUAGUUUCAAAACACACGAAUAG